GGACUGUCUGUGCAGAACAGUGUGAUGGCAGGUGCUACGGACCCUACGUUAGUGACUGCUGUCACCGAGAAUGUGCUGGAGGCUGCUCGGGACCUAAGGAUACCGACUGCUUUGCCUGCAUGAACUUCAAUGAUAGUGGAGCAUGUGUUACUCAGUGUCCGCAAACUUUUGUCUACAAUCCAACAACCUUUCAACUGGAGCAUAACUUCAAUGCAAAAUACACCUAUGGAGCAUUUUGUGUCAAGAAGUGCCCACAUAACUUCGUGGUCGAUUCCAGUUCCUGUGUGCGUGCCUGCCCUAGUUCCAAGAUGGAAGUAGAAGAAAAUGGGAUUAAAAUGUGUAAACCUUGUACUGACAUUUGCCCAAAAGCUUGUGAUGGCAUUGGCACAGGAUCAUUGAUGUCAGCUCAGACCGUGGAUUCUAGUAACAUUGACAAAUUCAUAAACUGCACCAAAAUCAAUGGGAAUUUGAUCUUCCUAGUCACUGGUAUUCAUGGGGACCCUUACAAUGCAAUUGAAGCCAUAGACCCAGAGAAACUGAACGUGUUUCGGACAGUCCGAGAGAUAACAGGUUUCUUGAACAUACAGUCAUGGCCCCCAAACAUGACUGACUUCAGUGUUUUUUCUAACCUGGUGACCAUUGGUGGAAGAGUACUCUAUAGUGGCCUUUCCUUGCUUAUCCUCAAGCAACAGGGCAUCACUUCUCUGCAAUUCCAGUCCCUGAAGGAAAUCAGUGCAGGAAACAUCUAUAUCACUGACAACAGCAACCUGUGUUAUUAUCAUACCAUUAACUGGACAACGCUCUUCAGCACAAUCAACCAGAGAAUAGUGAUCCGGGACAAUAGGAAAGCUGAAAACUGUACUGCUGAAGGAAUGGUGUGCAACCAUCUCUGUUCAAACGAUGGGUGUUGGGGACCUGGGCCAGACCAGUGCCUGUCGUGCCGUCGCUUCAGUAGGGGAAGGACCUGCAUAGAGUCUUGUAACCUCUAUGAUGGUGAAUUUCGGGAGUUUGAGAAUGGCUCCAUCUGUGUGGAGUGUGACCCCCAGUGUGAGAAGAUGGAAGAUGGCAUCCUCACAUGCCAUGGACCGGGACCUGACAACUGUACAAAGUGCUCCCAUUUUAAGGAUGGCCCGAACUGUGUGGAAAAAUGUCCAGAUGGCUUACAGGGGGCAAACAGUUUCAUUUUCAAGUAUGCUGAUCAGGAUCGGGAGUGCCACCCAUGCCAUCCAAACUGCACCCAAGGGUGUAGCGGUCCUACUAGUCAUGACUGCAUUUACUACCUUUGGACGGGCCAUUCCACUUUACCACAACAUGCUAGGACUCCUCUAAUUGCAGCCGGAGUCAUUGGCGGGCUCUUCAUCAUGGUCAUCGUGGGUCUAACAUUUGCAGUUUAUGUUAGAAGGAAGAGCAUCAAAAAGAAAAGAGCCUUAAGAAGAUUCCUGGAAACAGAGUUGGUAGAACCCUUAACACCCAGUGGUACGGCGCCUAAUCAAGCUCAACUACGUAUUUUGAAAGAAACUGAGCUCAAAAGAGUAAAAGUACUUGGUUCAGGUGCUUUUGGAACUGUUUAUAAAGGUAUUUGGGUCCCUGAAGGAGAAACAGUGAAGAUUCCUGUGGCUAUUAAGAUUCUUAAUGAAACAACUGGUCCCAAAGCCAAUGUGGAGUUUAUGGAUGAAGCUCUGAUCAUGGCAAGUAUGGACCAUCCACACUUAGUCCGGUUAUUGGGUGUGUGUCUAAGCCCAACCAUUCAGCUGGUUACACAACUUAUGCCCCAUGGCUGCCUGUUGGAUUAUGUCCAUGAACACAAGGAUAACAUUGGAUCCCAGCUAUUGCUUAAUUGGUGUGUCCAGAUAGCUAAGGGAAUGAUGUACCUGGAAGAAAGACGGCUUGUUCAUCGGGAUUUGGCAGCCCGUAAUGUCUUAGUGAAAUCUCCAAACCAUGUAAAAAUCACGGAUUUUGGACUAGCCAGGCUCUUGGAAGGUGAUGAAAAAGAGUAUAAUGCUGAUGGAGGAAAGAUGCCAAUUAAAUGGAUGGCUUUGGAGUGUAUACACUAUAGAAAAUUCACCCAUCAGAGUGACGUUUGGAGCUAUGGAGUCACUAUAUGGGAACUGAUGACCUUUGGAGGAAAACCCUAUGAUGGAAUUCCAACCAGAGAAAUCCCCGAUUUGUUAGAGAAAGGAGAACGUUUGCCCCAGCCUCCCAUCUGCACUAUUGAUGUUUAUAUGGUCAUGGUCAAAUGUUGGAUGAUUGAUGCUGACAGUAGACCUAAAUUUAAGGAACUGGCUGCUGAAUUUUCGAGGAUGGCUCGAGACCCUCAAAGAUACCUAGUUAUUCAGGGCGAUGAUCGUAUGAAGCUUCCCAGUCCAAACGACAGCAAGUUCUUUCAGAAUCUCUUGGAUGAAGAGGAUUUAGAAGAUAUGAUGGAUGCUGAGGAAUAUCUGGUCCCUCAGGCUUUCAACAUCCCACCUCCCAUCUAUACUUCCAGAGCAAGAAUCGACUCAAAUAGGAACCAGUUUGUGUACCGAGAUGGGGGUUUUGCUGCAGAACAAGGAGUGCCCAUGCCCUAUAGGGCCACCACCAGCACAAUCCCAGAAGCCCCAGUUGCUCAGGGGGCUACCGCCGAGAUUUUUGAUGACUCCUGCUGUAACGGCACCUUACGCAAGUCCGUGGCACCCCACGUCCAAGAGGACAGCAGCACGCAGAGGUACAGCGCUGACCCCACAGUGUUCGCCCCAGAACGGAGCCCACGAGGAGAGCUGGAUGAAGAAGGUUACAUGACCCCUAUGCGAGACAAACCCAAACAAGAAUACCUGAACCCUGUGGAGGAGAACCCUUUUGUCUCUCGGAGGAAAAAUGGAGACCUUCAAGCUUUGGAUAAUCCUGAAUAUCACAGUGCUUCCCAUGGUCCACCCAAGGCAGAGGAUGAGUAUGUGAAUGAGCCACUGUACCUCAACACCUUUGCCAACACCUUGGGGAACUCUGAAUACCUGAAGAACAACGUACUGUCUGUGCCAGAGAAGGCCAAGAAAGCAUUCGACAACCCUGACUACUGGAACCACAGCCUGCCACCUCGGAGCACCCUUCAGCACCCAGACUACCUGCAGGAGUACAGCACAAAAUAUUUUUAUAAACAAAAUGGAAGGAUCCGGCCUAUUGUGGCAGAGAAUCCUGAAUACCUCUCUGAGUUCUCGCUGAAGCCAGGCACUGUGCUUCCUCCUCCACCCUACAGACACCGGAAUACUGUGGUGUAAGCUCAGCAGUGGUUUUCAGGUGGAGAGAGACGCCCGCUCCAAUUUCCCCGCUGCCUCUCUUUCUCUUGUGGUCUUCCCUCUACUCUCAAGGCCAGUAGUUCUGACACUUCCCAGUGGAAGAUAUCAAGAUGCAAUGAUAGUUAUGUGCUUAUCUAACUUGAACAUUAGAAGGAAGGACUGAAAGAGAAAGACAGGAGGAACCACACUGUUUCUUCAUUUCUCUGCAUGGGUUGGUCAGGAUACUGGAACAGCUAGAGAAGGACCAGCAAAUAUGAGACAAUACUGCCUGCUGUCAAACUAGUUCCCAACUUUUUUUUUUACAUUGUUUUCUUUGCCUUCCUUCCUUCCUUCCUUCCUGUAUUUCAAUGCACAUGCUUGAAAGACCCAAGCUGCAGGAACCGAUGUGUACAUUUUCAGCAUCCCUGGAAAUCCUAAUGAUGUUUCCAGAAGAACAAAAUGAUAACCUUUUUUAUAAUGUAUGAUAGUAACUAAGAUUGAAAAUCCAAUCUCUUUCUCAGAUAGUUUCAAUCUUGACAAGCAAGAAUGGCCAACUCAGCUUUCAUAAGUUUUGAAUCUUCAUCAAAGUUAUAACUAGUAAUUAUGUUUGGAGAGCUCUUUUGUUUUUUUAAUUUUGUUUUGCUUUGAUCUGUCUCUUCAUAUUACUUUCUCCCCUCUUUUCAGCUUUAAUUUAUAAUUGCAAACAUUUUUCCAUCAAACCUUCUUAGGUGUUGCUAUAAAUUGAAAGAAUUGUAAAAAAAUAUUUUAAUAUGGUGAAAUGGCCACUAUUUUAAAUAUGCAGUCUUUAGAAUUAGAAAGGGAAGCCAAGAUAUUAGUCAAAUGUAACAUCAAAUCUUACUUUUGUGUUUAACACUAUUGAAUAUGUAUCCCCCCCCAAUCCUUUACAUUCUUCAACAUUUUCUUCCCCUCUAUAAAUGACAGUACUUGAUAGGCAGUUGGUAAUGUUAAGAAUAGAAGGGAAACUAAGAGACAGUUCUGUGUGGUUCAUGAAAACUACUGACACUUUCAGGGGUGGUCCAAUGGGGAAUCCAUUGAACUGGAAGAAACACACUGGAUUGGGUAUGUCUACUUGGCAGAUACUCAGAAAUGUAGUUUGCACUUAAGCUAUAAUUUUAUUUGUUCUCUUUCUGAACUCCAUUUUGGAUUUUGAAUGAAGCAAUAUGGAAGCAACCAGCAAAAUAAUUCAUUUAAGUACUUUUUUUUUUAAAAAAAAUAGCUAAGAUAAAGAAAGACUGUGGAAAUGCCAAACCAAGCAAAUUAGGACUUCAGAACACUUUGGGAUUAUAGUGAGAGGGUCAGCACAUGAUCAACAUGUGAUAUCACAUUUCCUAAACAAGGAAAUUUGUCCAGUUUGUAUACUCCACUUGAAGGAAUGCAAGUAAGGAUUGGCUUGAAUUCCAUGGAAUUUCUAGUAUAAGACUCUAUAUUAAGUGGAAGGUAACUCUUUGCACAUAAAGUGGUAUAAUAAAAAGAAAUACAAACAUUCACUGCUGGUAGAUAGGUCCUUGGGUCAAAAGUUGUAAAUAAAUGUGAAAAAACUUCUCAUGUAAUUAUUUUAAUAUCCAACAUACUACUCUUUUGAUACUUUAUAUAAUAACUCUUUUUCUUCAAACACAGCAUCCUAGUUCUAGAGCCACCUUUCUUGUGUAUCACUUUAAAGAAUACCUACUGAGUUAAGAUGAGCAAUGGGAACAAAUGGUAGGAAUGAGUUUUCAGGAAAAGGGGGCCUCAGGUCAGUAAUUAGAAAAAUUGGAUAGAAAUCUCUCUCUUUAGGAAAAUCUGGCCCAAUUCAUUUGGAAUUUUUAAAAAAUAUUUCUUUCCAAUGUUAAAGUAUUGGGAUCAAAUAUUAGUGGCACAGGUUAGGAUGAAAGUUUUUCUCGGGCAAUAUUCUUGAAAUGGAAUGAAAAACAAUGCAAAACUCAAAUCAGAUUAAAAUGUAUCAACUAAAAAUUUGAGAUUGUUUUCUUAGUAGAUCAGGAAGAAUGACAAUAUUUGUAGCUGGAGAGGAGAAACAGUGUUCUUCUAAGUGUAUAUAAUGUAUGUGUUAAUACCUUGUAAAAUCAAGACUUGGCAUGAAGAUCAUGUAUAUUUCCAAUGCCUAGGACAAACCAGUAGGGCUGUGAGAUGCUGCCCCUACAUGAAGUUGAAAGGGUUAUCAACAUGCUUUUUGAAGUGUCAAAAAUUAAAAAAAAAAAAAAAAAAAAAAA